AUGGCAACUCAAAGCUGGUCUGGCUCGACAAUCGAAGUAGUGACGCAGAACUAUGGGGAGAUGAUGCGCGACGAUGUUGUCAAGCUCAAGAUCGGCGCAGACCACGUCGAAUACUUCGUACAUCCGGGAUUUCUGCUACAGCACUCAGAGUACUUCAGAAGGUUACUUAACGGGAACUGGAAAGAAGUGGCCGAGGAAGCUAUCUGUCUAGACGACGUCGACUGCAAGACCUUCGAGAUCUUUCUGCAAUGGCUGUACACCCAGCGAUACCCCACAGACGAUCAGUUUCGCGCGGAAACUCCCCCCGGCAGCACCUCAGGCCGAGCCAUGCAACUCGCGAGAAUCAAGGCGUGCGAAUUCGGCGACCGCUUCAUGGCCAGUGGCUACCUUCUCGCGUCUGAGAACGCGCUUAUUGACAGUCUGAUCGUCGAUACUCAAAUCCCCUUCUAUGACACCAUCAUCUACGCGUUCACUCACUUGCGAUCCGACAGCCCGAUCCUACAGGCUUUGAUCGACUCGCACUGCUUCUGUUGGCACGAACAGUCAGACACCGAGAAGAAUGGGGAACUGCAACUUCGAUCGCAGCUCCCCCACAGCUUUUUGCUUGGUGUUGCGUUGAGGUAUAUGCAAACCCAAGACGGCCAACGGAGGCUCUUGGAUCGCUGCGACUACCACAAGCAUAGCACGGACAACGAAAGGGGAGAUAACUGCACUAUAUCGUGCGUUGAUGACUUCGAGACCUCGUCCGCCUAUGGAAUAUGA